AUGUGCGGCAUCUCAGCUUGUUUCACACUUCCUCCGGGCCACCAUUUUCAUACUGGAGCCCUGAAUGGAUAUGCCAGCGGACUAAGUGGACUUACCAAUAAGUAUGGGGAUGAUAAGAGGAUAGAUUUACAGAAUCUCAAAGAUCGAUUGAGAAGAAGCCUCGAUGCCAUAGGCCAUCGGGGCCCAGAUGCACAGGGGGUGUGGGCAAGUGAAAAUGGCUUUGUGGGGAUGGGUCAUUGCCGCUUGGCUAUCAAUGACUUGACUCCUGACGGCAACCAACCUAUCCACAGUGAUGAUGGCGUCGUUCAUGCAGUGGUCAAUGGCGAGAUCUACAACCAUGAUCGCAUCCGAGAAGACUGCAGAGCAAAAGGUUACGUAUUCAAGGGACACAGUGAUAGUGAAGUGAUUCUUGCGUUAUACAAGGCUUUCGGCGCACCUCGGUUUCUAGAGCAUAUCCGGGGAGAGUUCGCUUUCGUACUUUACGACGAGACGGCGGGAAAAGUCAUCUUAGCGAGAGAUCGAUUCGGCAUCAAACCAUUGCUGUGGACUAUUGUCCGGCAGACUGAUGGUGGUACCAGGCUUUUGGUUGCCCCAGAAGCAAAAGCUUUCCGACCUUUGGGAUGGAAGCCGCAGUGGGAUGUCGGUGCGAUCGUGGAUGGUGGAUGGAUGCAAGACGGGAGAUCAUUAUUCAAGGGAGUCAAGAAAGUGCCCCCGGGGCACUGGAUGGAGAUAUCGAGAGACGGCGUGAUGCAGAUACACCAGUACUGGGAUGCUGAUUAUAAAGAUAAGAUGGAGGGAGAAACCCGGAGCGUUGACGAAAUGGUCCAGGGUCUGCGAGACGAGCUGACAGAAUCAAUCUGUAUCCGCUUGAGAGCUGAUGUUCCGAUUGGCAUCUACCUUUCGGGUGGUAUCGACUCGUCUCUGGUUGCCGGGAUAGUAACUCACUUGGUACGAGAUGAGGGCAUCAAAAUUGGUAACAAAGACGCGACAAGCCGGAUCAGCUGUUUCACAAAUCAAUUCCCCAAGGAAUCUGGAUUUGAUGAAAGCGACAUUGCCGAGCGAACAGCAGAGCAUCUUGGCGUUCGGAUUUUAAAGAAGCAGAUUGACGAAAAUGAGUUGGCAGAGAACUUUGCCGACUGCGCUUAUCACUGCGAGCAUCACCACUUCGACUUGAACUGCGUCGGAAAGUUUGCUCUCUCGACCUUGCCGAAUGCAAACGGAGUCAAAGUUGUGUUAACCAGGGAGGGUGCCGACGAACACUUUGCCGGAUACGCAUUCUUCCCUCCAGAUUUGCUUCGCGAGCCCGACCUUUCCAUGCUAGACUCGCCGCUGGUUGCCGACUCGCAGCUCAGAGAAAACAUGCAAAGAUCCACCGAGCGGGAUGUCAAGAUGCUCAUUCCUCGGGCUGGCGUUUUUGAGCACGGUUGGGAGGCAAUAGUAGCCCUCCAAAUGGUUAACAAUACCAUUCUUCCUCUAUACAUCCUGGCAUGGCACCCUACCCUUGACUUGUUCGCCCCCUGGGUGCGGGAGGACAAGCGAUGGGCCGACCUUGACUGCAAGGAUGUCAUAGUGAAAUCCUUCAAGCCGGCGACAUUGCAAAAGAUGCAGAGGAAGUGGCACCCGCUACAUACAGCCCAGUACAUACACAGUAAGGGCCCGCUACCGAAUAUCCUGCUAAGCUGUCUCGGUGACUUGACCGAGAUGUCUCAUAGUGUGGAGGCCAGAACGCCGUUCCUCUACCACAAGCUAACAGAAUACGUCAACAACCUACCGCCAAGCCUUAAGAUGGCUUAG